UGUUUGGUUAAAAAAACCAAGAACCCAAUUUUCUCUUCUCUCUCCUGCUGCAUUUCUCUCAUAACCCUUUAUCUUUCUUGAAUAUCUGGAAGAAAAUAAACCCGUGAAAUAUUUUCUGUGUUUUCUUCAUAUUGUUGAAUCAAUUGGCUACUUGUGUAUGGAAUUUGAGACCAAUUAUUAUAGUGAUACAGAAGGAGCAGUUUUUUGGGUUCCCAAUCAAGAAGCCAUUCAUUUUCGCCGUGUGAAUCCUCCUUUAACCUGCAAUUCAGGGCUGCAUAUAAAUCCUCGUCGGCCUCCAUUUUGGCCUAGAUUUAGUCCAGUUAAUCCGCUUUUAGUUGGCUUCCUUGAGUUGGGAUUUGACCCUGAUGUCUUAAUGAAAAUGGAGGUCCAGAGGUCAAUUUCCCUGCUUCAGUUCAUGGCUGAUGAGGGUCUGGUGCCGUCUCCUGAGGAAGAAAUCAAGAGAAGAAAUGUCAUUGCCAAGCUUAAACAGAUAGUGAUGCACUGGGUUAAAAGGGUUGCUUACCAGUGUCAACUUCCCAAGAAUCGAGUUAGAGCUGCUUCUGCUACAAUAUUGACAUUUGGAUCUUAUGGCCUUGGAGUCCAUAAUUCAGGUUCAGAUAUAGAUGCUUUAUGUGUAGGCCCAUAUUUUGCAACAAUGGCAGAGGACUUUUUCGUACUUCUUCACAAUAUGCUUGCAAGCAGACCUGAAGUGACUGAGAUACACUGUAUAAAGGAUGCAAAGGUUCCUCUAAUGAAGUUUAAGUUUGAUGGGCUUUCAAUUGAUUUGCCUUUUGCACAACUUAAAGUAAUCUCUGUUCCUGAGAAUGUGGAUCUACUUAAUCCAUUUUUUUUGAGGAACAUUGAUGACACAAGUUGGAGAAGUUUGUCUGGUGUACGUGCCAAUAAAAGUAUUCUUCAGCUCGCGCCAAACGUCGAGCUAUUUCAGUCGUUGCUGCGUUGUGUUAAAUUAUGGGCAAAAAGACGAGGAGUGUAUGGAAAUUUACAUGGAUUUUUUGGAGGUGUUCAUUUUGCAGUCCUUGCAGCAUUUGUUUGUCAAAGGCAUCCAAAUGCCAGUCUGAGUCUUCUGAUCUCAAUUUUUUUUAAGACGUUUGCCUUUUGGCCUUGGCCAAGACCCGUUUUUCUGCAUGGCCGCAUGAUGCCACCGACUAUUUCCAGUGACUCCCGGUUUUUGAUGCCUAUCCAAUUACCAUGUAGCCCAAAUGAAUAUUGCCAUUCUAACAUCACACGAAGCACGUUCUUCCGGAUUAGAACCGAGUUCCUUCGCGGACAUGCCUUGACUAAGGAUAUUCUAAGGCCCGAUUUCAGUUGGAGUAUCCUAUUUGAUCCUUUUCCAUAUCCAAAGAAAUAUGCUCAGUUUGUCAAAAUUUGCCUCUCAGCUUCUAAUCAAGAUGAGUUACGAGGAUGGGUGGGUUGGGUCAAAUCGCGCUUCCGCUCACUUCUUGUCAAGCUGGAAGAAUUACAGGGCUUUUGCGAUCCCAGCCCUUUAGAAUAUGUUGAUGUUGAUCUGGGUGCCCCAAAUGUUGUCUUUUAUUGGGGUUUGCAGCCCAGCAGGAGGGAUAUAAUAGACAUAGACUUUGUCGAUGAAGAUUUUAUGAAGAAUAUGAGCAAUGGUUAUCGGGUUCCUCCCGGAAGGAUGAAGUUGUCAGUUGUCAAAGCAUCUCAACUACCUAAAAGCGUUACGUGCAAUACUGGAAGUAAGGGAGUGAGGGCUCGCUGGAGGAUUUUAGAUAACAGCCGGCGAAAGAUCCCAGUUCGCACAAACUCACUACCUCAGGAGUUUGCUGGAUUGAUGGCGACCAAUGGAAGUGCAGAAUUCCCCAGUGCUGGGGUUUAGGCUGCAAGAAUGAAUAUUCAUUGUCUCAAGAUAUUAGUUCGAAGUGUGUACAGGCGUUCUACGUGUUUUUUAAGCUCACACAGCAUAGGAAAUACUGUACAUAACCUAGGGCCUAGGAGUUUACUUGAAUUUGUAUUAGCCACAGGGAUACUCUCGUCAACAUAAAAUGUUUUGUUUCUGCUCAA